CCAGCCCCGGCUUUGAGAUGAUGGGACUGGGCAACGGGCGUCGCAGCAUGAAGUCACCGCCCCUCGUGCUGGCCGCCCUGGUGGCCUGUAUCAUUGUCUUGGGCUUCAACUACUGGAUCGCCAGCUCCCGCAGCGUGGAUCUCCAGACGCGCAUCAUGGAGCUGGAAGGUAGGGUCCGCAGGGCGGCCGCUGAGAGAGGCGCUGUGGAGCUGAAGAAGAACGAGUUCCAGGGAGAGCUGGAGAAGCAACGGGAACAGCUCGACAAAAUCCAGUCCAGCCACAACUUCCAGCUGGAGAGUGUCAACAAGUUGUACCAGGAUGAAAAGGCGGUGUUAGUGAAUAACAUCACCACAAGUGAGAGGCUCAUCAGAGUGCUGCAAGACCAGUUAAAGACCCUGCAGAAGAACUACGGCAAGCUGCAGCAGGACGUCCUCCAGUUUCAGAAGAACCAGAGCAACCUGGAGAGGAAGUUCUCCUAUGACCUGAGCCAGUGCAUCAGUCAGAUGAAGGAGGUGAAGGAGCAGUGUGAAGAGCGCAUCGAGGAGGUCACCAAGAAGGGCAGUGAAGCUGCAGCCUCCCGAGACCCAGGUGCAAAAAGAGACCUGAGUCCACAGCUCCGAGCUCCCAGUGAGCCUCAGCUCAGGCCCCAAGAAACAGACUUGCCACAGGAUCAGGUGCCACAAGGGAAAGAACAUGUGCCCAGCAAUGGUGAAUCCCAGACACUAGCCCCUACUCGUGAGGUGGCUUUGGACUCGAAGAGACCCGGUGAGAAAGAGGAAACCAACGAGAUCCAGGGUGUCAGCCAGGAGCAGCCUCAGAGGGACCGCCUGGGGUUGCUGCAGGAGCCUGGCCCAGGUCAGGCUGCAGAAGACAGACCUGUGGGCAGAAGAGGCUUUGGGGGAGCCACAGAACUUGGCCAAACCCCACAGGUGCCUGCUGUCCUACUGGUGAGCCAGGAAAAUCAGGAGACUGAAGAUCUAGAGCGGGACCAGCUUGUCAUCCGCGACGGGCAAGAGGAGCAGCAGGACACUGCCGGAGAAGGGAGAAACCAGCAAAAACUGGGAGAUGACGACUACAGCAUGGAUGAAAAUGAGGCAGAAUCUGAAACAGACAAGCAAGCAGCCCUCGCUGGGAAUGACAGGAACUUAAAUGUUUUAGAUGCUGAAGAUCAGAAGAGAGAAACCAUAAAUUUACUUGGUCAUCAGGAAAAGCAGAACCACACACUCUGAAAUGAACUGGAAUUACACACUUCACAUCAGGACUGCGCAGAGGUCACUGCAAAAUAUUCAAGAGGGACAGAACACUCAAAACUGAAAUGUACUCAGUAAAAUGUACAUCUGGAAGUGACUGGUGUCAUAGUGUGUGCUUUAUAUAGGAAAAUGGGAUUUUUAGACAGGGUUUUGGGAGUACUUUUGAAGUGUCUAUAAUGUCAGAAUCUGUCAGUUUUUUGGCUAAUAGGUAGUAUUUCAUGAGAAGAUCAACACCAAAAAUAGAACACCAAGGUCUUCAAGGAUGAUGACCACGGCGCUUUAUUCUGGAAGAAUUCAUGUGAAGCAGCCUGUAGGCAGAGUACACGUGGUGGGAAAGAGGCUCGGGAGAGCUCCUUGGUCAGGCGCUCUCUGAGGCCCUCCCUUCUCCACGCUGCGUCGAGUGCUGGUACAGGCCCUACUGCUGUUCUCAGGGCACACUGAGCGACGGACUGGCUUACCCUCUCAGGCACUCGUCCUCGUCUGACCGGCAGUGGCCCACAACACUGACUGUUAACACAAACAGCAUUGGCAACAGUUUUAAACAAGUAAACACAAAGCUGUUUUGUGUGGAAAUUUCAAGACUGCUUGUAUGGUAACCCUGUCAUUCCAAUGUGAACACAUGUACAAAAUGCGACUAUGUAACUUGAACAUUUGUGGUCUGUGCUCACUUUGCUUCAUCUGUGUGGGCAAAGUGAAAUCUUCUCUAAUAGCUAUACAUUACCAAGGAAACUAAGGAAAGCAACCAGCCAGGCUUUUGACAAAACAGCUGACUGCACAGUGUAGCAGAGCACAGUGAGGGAGAAGUGGCCCGUACUGUAUUACUAGAGUAAGAAAAUAAGAAAAUACAGUUCGUUGCGUACUGUAUUACUAGAGUAAGAAAAUACGAAAAUACAGUUCGUUGAUACUGAAGGGUAUAUACAGUGUUACAAAUUGGGAAUAUUUAGAAAUGCAAUAGUUUUUGUCAGUUAACACAUUUAGCUUGCGGUGAAUGACUCAAAACUGAUUUAUAAAUCAAAGGUUGAUGUUAAGUUAAACAUCUUUGAGAUUCUAAUUCACAAGGAUAAUAAUGGCAUUAGGGUUGAUUUGAACUCGUUCUUAAUAUUUAUGGUAAAUAGGCUCUUGCCACUUGAGAAUGACUGGCAGGGUCAUACUAAUGACUGACUUAGUGAAGCUCUCUAAUGCGUAAGUGGGAGGACCCAUAGGCUUUGAGGCAUGGGGGCCUCAGAGAUCACGUGGAAACCUGCUUGUUUUCAGAGGAGGAAACGUGACCCAGAAGUUGGGAACGUGUAGCUGAGGAGGAGCGGUGUGUGGAUGCAUGGGGUGCCCUGGCUCAGUGUGCCCUUGUAGUCACUGAAGGCAGGACCUGUCUGCAUUCAUGUUAGUGUGUCCAAGUUGAAUGUUCUUUAAGUAUGAUACUUGUUUAGCAGUCACGCGGUUUCUUUUCCAUGCAGAAAAGACAACGAAGGAGGGUAUAAAAAUAGCUUUAUAAGAUUAUCUUUUUCCAAUCUCCCUUUGUGUCCCAGUCUUAGGGUUAAUAGAAAUUCUUUCUGAAUUUCUCAAUAAAGCCUCUAUUCAUCUCAUGUUUAAUCACUGCACAGAACUGCUGAGAAAUAAAAUGCUGUUCAACGUUUAAAAAA